CGGUACAAACGAUAAGAUCACGCAGUAUUAAAAUUAAAACCGGCUGAUUAACAACCCAAGCUUUGAAUCGAAUAAAAAAAUGUACGCAAGAGCAUUUUUAAAAUUAUCAGCAUUCUAUAUUAUAAUGUCAAUAACACAAGCUGCCACUCUUGAUUUAUGCGUUACUAAACGGGACAAUAUAAAUACAAAUUUUCGAUUUCGAGUUAAUAACGAAAUUCAAACAAAUCGUCUAUUGUUGAGAGACUGCCCCGUAUACCCUUUCGUUGAUAACGCUGUCGAUCAUAUACGCUCUUUUAUAGUCAACAAAUUGGAUUUGCCUCAUUUGGAAUGGCGAAUUUUGCAGGCAACGUAUACCGAUAAAGGUUUAUUAUUCGAAAUGUCUUCGUCGAAAGAUGUUGAAGAAAUUUUAGAGCAAUUCGCGGUAAAGCUGCAAAAUAAGGAAUGUACUUUAAAAACGACAUUGAAAAGCUUUUUUCCAACGGAGAUACGCUGACACUAUAUUAUAAGUAAUUUGUAUAUUUUUUAUUUAAAAUUUAAGUAACUUUUUAAGCAAAAUGUACAAUACAUUUCUGUUAUAAUUUAUAACCAA